CUGGCCCAGGGUAACCCGAAGUACCAAAAGCAGGUGUACAAGGGCCUGAUUGCACUACUGCCUUGCACCUCACCCAAAGCACAGCAGCUCGCCCUCCAGACAGUCCGCAUUGUGCAGGAAAUUGUGAAGGUAGCACAUCCAAGCAUUGUAGAACCUUUGUUGAAUUUAUUGAGAUCCUUGCAUCUUGAAGUCCAGUAUGAGGCUAUUGAGCUGAUCCAAGAUCUGGUACACUAUGAUGUCAGACCAGCUCUUCUGAAAGGUUUGGUUGCUUUGCUGAAACCAGCAAAAGAAGGAAUCCAAACACCGAAGAUCCUGAAUGCAGCAGAAAUGACAAGUUUGCCGGAGUCCUUGCCAGUGUUUGUUCAGCAAGCUGCUGCAGCUAAAGCUAUAAGGACACUGGCACAGGCCGGCCCGGCCCUGUCAGGGGAGCUGCUCGCCCUCGGAGUGGUGCCUCACCUGCUGUGUGCCGUGGGCAACCAGCGCCACGCCGACAGCCAGCGCCAGGCCAGCCUCGCCCUGGAGGUCAGCACUCGCCCUGCAAGCACAUGCUGGCUUGCCCAUUGGCGAAGCGGCCCGUCCAUCACCGGGCCCACGGGACGGGUCAGGUUUCCGAGCUUGGUCUUCGGGGAGAGGCGAAAAGAAGUGCUGUAA